CUGCUCUAUUGUUGUUUGUCUGCUAAUAUCUCAUAUGGGUACAAAUUUGUCUGCUGGCUCGACACUUGUUGCUCGUAAUAUGUCCGAAACAGUGAAUAAAAACUUUAAGGUAGCUACUUUUGCAAUGGGUUGCUUUUGGCACCCAGACGCUCUUUUUGGAUGUCAAAAAGGUGUGUAUCGGACUCGUGUAGGAUACACUGGUGGAACAAUGCUGAAUCCUACUUAUAGAAAUCUGGGAGAUCACACUGAAGCUAUUGACAUCGAUUUCAAUCCUGAAGAACUGAGUUAUGACCAAUUGUUAAAGCUUUUUUGGAUAAACCAUGAUCCCACUGAAAUGCACAAGAGGCAAUAUCGGUCAGUGAUCUUCUACAGAGAUGAAGAACAGAAAGAAGCAGCCAUAAAAAGCAAAGAAGAAUACCAAAAACUCCAUAGAAAGCCCAUCGUGACAGCAAUUGAACUUUUCAAUAUUUUUUAUAAUGCAGAGAAUUACCAUCAGAAAUACUACUUGCAGACACAUCAUAAAAAAUUAUUCAACAGUCUCAAUAUUGCGGAAAAGAAUUUAAUUGAUUCUGAAGUGGCCGCCAAAUUAAAUGGAUUUGUUGUGGGAGAAAAUACAAAAGAAGCAUUUGAUGAGCAAUGUCUUUCAUACAAAUUGAGUCAAGAAAGUAUUUCUUAUAUUUAUCAAAUGAUUAAAAAAGGAAAACAAGUGCAUUGCUAGAAUGUUUUUUUUUUUUUUUCAGAGACAGAAAAUAAAAUAUAUAUUUGGGGAAUUUUUAAAACUUCUGCCUUUUUAUGCAAAAAAAUCCAUGUAUUGUAAUUUUUAUAGUUGAAAGUGGUUUGAUUUUGAUGAGAAUUACAGUAUAUGCUAGUGCUGAGAAAUUUAUCAAAUGGAUGAUUUUCAAAGACAUAGUGUAACUGUGUUUAGAAUCAUUCAUUCAAUAGUUAACAAGAAGUUCUGUCGAGAAAUAAAUGAGCCUACUUUCCUGUUUUCCUAUGUCCGCUUUCUAGCACUAGAUGAAUAUAUUUCAGCUAAUAUAGCAAAUUUGUCUAACGUACCUUUUUCAUUUUUAAAACUGAUUUUUAAUAGAAAAAAAAAUGCCUCUUGCAGAAAAAAAAAAAAAAAAAACUACUUGAUGAUAUAGAAAUUAUAACAAAUUCAGUUUUUCAAAGUGUUAAGCUUUUUCUUCAAGUAAAUUUCAACUGUUAAUGACCUUUCUACUAGGACCACUUUGAGUAAAACUCAUUUUUCCAAUGUUUAAAAUUACAAUUUCACCAGGAGUAAAAUGAAGAACAAAUUAAAGAAAAAUAUUCGGCCCUACAUCCUAUUUCGGACCUGAAUAGGUCGAAAAGCAUCAUUAGCAAAGUAGCAGCAUCAUUUUGACAAUCAAAAAAGAAACCUUUUCUGUAAAAAAAAAUUUGGUUGUACGGUCGGACCUCAAUUUAACAAACCUCUAUUUAACGAUUUGCGAUUUAGUGAAUUUUUCUUUUUCCCCGACUAAAAUAAAGGCAAAACCCCCUCUUUACUGAAUAAUAAACCCCGAAAUAACGAAUUAUUUUAGCAGCCUCCCAAAAUUAUUUUUGUUAAUUUGAGUUAGGAAAUAUUGGAUUAGUUUCUAAAUGUUACAUCCAUAUUGUCCUAAGCAGAAAAAGACUUUUUUUUUUGAAAUCAGCAAUUUUUGACGGGCGAGGGUGAGGCAGCAACCAACGAAUGGUGAUUCUGAUGCUGAAAGCGAUAGUGAAACUCUCAAAAACUUUUUCAAAUACCUUAUGUAGCCGGGAAACCGUUAAAACAUAUCUCAUGCAGCAGGCUGAAAAAAAACACAGUAUUUUUUUUUUCUCUCCAUGUAGUCCAGAGAGAACUAUUUCGAGUCAAGUAUCAAGGAAAUGGUCCAAACAUGUAUUACUCAGUUGUUUUAAAUUUUAAAUUAACUAGCAUGUAAUAAGUCAUGGAAUGCUGAAUAAAAGGUUCAAACUUUCUAAUUAUGGAUAUUUUUGCACGGUUGCUUAUUAGGAGUUUUAUAUAAGGUAAGUGCAUUUAAAAAAGAAAAAAAAUAUCACUCCGAUAUUAAGAAUAACCCCAAUUUAACCUAUAAAAGUUUCGGUCACGAUGAAUUCGUUAAAUCGGGGUCCAGCUGUAUUUGCAAAAAAUAAAUAAUUUAAUAAAACAUCAAAUAUAUAUGCAAUUAUUAUCAAAAACAAUAUUGUUAGCAGCUCUUUCUCUCAGGUAAAAAAUGAAAAGUCUUGAAUUUAUUUUUCCCUGUUGCCGAAAACUAAAAGAUAAAUGGAUAAAUAAAAAUAAACAUCAGUUUUUUAAAAAAAAGUCUCGGUAGCUAAAUAAUAUUUACCAAAAAUAUAUAUUUAUUUAUAUGGUAAGGAGUUGACUCUGCAAUGGAUUACUCCCACUAUGGCUUAUGGGGUGAUGAAGAUGCAGACAAUCUUACAAAAGAGGUUUCUCUCUUGACCACUCCUGUGUUCCCUGCUAAUCUGUGAAACAUCAAAGUUUUCCUUGAGCAAAAAAUUCGUGAACAUUGCACAAGACAAAGUAGGAAAAACAUCUUGAGGAAGCCUUUUUUCAACUUAUAUUCCCUAAGCCAUUGGUGUCACUUCCUUUGGCCUGCUGAGAGGAUAUUACCUCCUUCAGCUUAUCUACAUCGAUUUAGAUUGAUGAACUUCCCUAGCUGCAUUUUGCUUGGCAAGGGAGUUGACAUGGAUGGCGGGCACCUGUGGGACUGCUCUGCCCUCUGGAAUACUAGCAAUUCUUCCUUUUUCAAGACACUCUCCCCUCCUGAAGAUGUUUCAUUUUUGUAUUAAGCUGCAAGGCUUUGUAUGCUCAGAAAAGCAAAUACUUAAGCUUACUCUUUUAACUAUUUGAAAGAUAUAAUUUAGUAAAAGAAAUAUAUAUUUAUACACAUAUGCCAUACCCUCUUAUGCAUGUUUAUAUUAUUAGUGCAAUGUAAAUGGAUAGUAAUUAUGUGAUUGUAAAUAUUCCAUGUAAUCUUUGCUUGUAAAAUAAAAGAUUUUUAUACA